UCUAUAUUUUUAGCACAGUGUCUUCUCUCUAAGCAGCAUAAAGCAUUUAUUCUCCACCAAAAUAAUCACAGCAUUAAAUUAAAGAGAUUUGUUCAUCAUAUACCCAUUACCUGAACAAAUAAUUAGACCAUCUCCAUCUCCCAAAAAUGGAAUCUUUAAGGAACCAAGUCCCUCUCUCUCUAGAAUCAGACAUCGAUGUCUCCAAUCAGGAACUCAACCUCAUCGACUCUCUAAACACCGGCGCCGCCGGCGAGAUUAUAGAGAUUCCGGCCGAUGAUUUGCCCGGUGCUGAACCAAGAGUCUUCUCAUGUAAUUAUUGCCAGAGAAAGUUUUACAGUUCACAAGCUCUCGGUGGGCAUCAAAACGCACACAAAAGAGAAAGAACCCUAGCCAAAAGAGGACUCAGAUUAGGACCAACAUCUCUGUUUCCGGGUCAACCUUAUUUCUCGAGCUUGUCUUCUCUUCCUCUUCAUGGAGCUUCUUAUUAUAACAAUAAUAAUAAUAACAACAGAUUUCUUGGAAUUCAAGCCCAUUCUAUGAUGAUCCAUAAACCUUCCAAUUUCGUCUCAUCUUCAUCAUCAUCAUCAGGGGGAUUCAGGACCAUGUUCCCUAAACUAGCACCCGGUCAUUACCCAGUAUCCGGGUCGGGUCAUAACACAAGUCGAGGCGGCGCCGCCAGAUUUGGAACCGCCGUCGAGGGAGGAGGUGGUUAUUGGUGUUCAGGUGGCGAUAAUACCACCGGUCGUAUCAAUGCAAAGAAAGAUGAUAUAAAUAAACUUGAUUUAUCCCUCAAGCUUUAAUAUUUUAAACUUUUCAGUCCUUUAACUUUCAUUCAGUCCUAUAUUACAUAUAUAUUCUCUAAAUUUGUAAUUUUUGGAUUCAACUUUUGAGUGCCGAGCUAUGAAAUUCCUUUUGUAAUGUAUAACGGUUUUAGUAGCUCUUAUCCAAGUGUAUCAAAGUCUUAAAUAUAUUUUUUGUUUAUUA